GGCUUCAUGCGCCACUGAGCGACUCUCAUAGGAAUUAACAGAGCCUGUCUCCGACUCAGUAUCCAGUUGUCUUCAUACAUGUUUGGAGUCCAGUGACAGUCUGUAGCAGAGGGAGGACAAUGAUAAGAACAUGAUCAGCGCCGAUGGCUUCUCAAAAUGCGAGGCGACUCUGCCAGAGGGAGCAAGGAGGAGGCCACCCGCAGAGACUCUCCAUCUGCUGUCAGCUGUUAUUGUUUGGCUUGUGACCGGAACCACCAUCUCCAGCCUCAACAAAUGGAUAUUUGCCGUGUACAACUUCAGGUACCCUCUACUGCUGUCAGCGCUGCACAUGCUGACAGCUAUAGUGGUGGACUAUGGGCUGAUCAAACUGCAAGUGAUCCGCCAUAAAGAGUCUGCAGUGCAGGUGCUGACCCACAGUGCAAAAUGUAAGGUGUUCCUGUUGAGUCUGACUUUCUGUGCGAGUAUCGCUUUUGGGAACAUGGGUUUGAACUAUGUCCAGCUGUCGUUUGCGCAAAUGAUCUACACCACCACCCCGAUCUUUACUUUGGCCAUCUCUACGCUGAUCCUGGGCAAGCAACACCAUUUCCUCAAGUACACAGCCAUGAUGCCCAUCUGCCUGGGGGCCUCGUUCAGCAUCAUGGGAGAGGUCCAGUACGACCGGACCGGCUGCUUCUUUGUGUUUGCAGCCACCAUGUUGAGGGGCGUCAAGACCAUUCAGCAGAGCAUCUUACUCCAGGAGGAGAAGAUCAACUCUGUUUUCCUGCUCUACCUGAUGUCCAUUCCCAGCUUCUGCAUCCUGGCGGUGGCCGCUCUGGCCUUAGAGAACUGGGCAGUGCUGGAGUCCCCGUUUCACUACGACUGCCACCUGUGGGUCUUCAUCCUGCUCAGCUGCCUGGGCUCAGUCAUGUACAACCUGGCCAGCUGCUGCGUCAUCACGCUCACCUCCGCCGUCACUCUGCAUAUCCUGGGCAACCUGAGCGUGGUGGGCAACCUGCUGCUGUCUCAGCUGCUUUUCGGCAGCGAGCUCUCCGCCCUGAGCUGCGCCGGCGCCGUGCUCACGUUAUCCGGCAUGCUCAUCUAUCAGAACUCAGAGUACAUCGUCAGCUUCAUGGAAGCACGCAAAGCCAAAGCUGAAAAGUCUGAACAUGUGGAUUCUCACACUACAAGCGGAGAGGACGUGGACAAAACCAGUGAAUCUGAACCGACACACCCUCAGCCGAGAGCAGACGGGAAACGGGAGGAUAAGAUAGACUGAACAGAGAGGAUGAAGGAGAGAAUAAAGAAAGUUGAAGGAUGAAAUGAAAAGCCUCUUCCUGUAGUUGUCUACCGUUUGUUUCGAGCAGCAGCAGAGGGAGUGUGACCUUAUAAGGCCAUAAUCACUUAUGAUGUUAUUCGAUUUGACUUAACAUCCUCCUUAAUUUCUUCUCUGGUCACACUGAAGACGAGUGCUUGGAGAGGAAGAGCUUGCCUUUACUUGUCAUGGUGAUGGUUGAAUUCUCUCCUUCAUCUGUAGGUCACCCAACCAUAGCCUGUAGCGGUAUAUGCAUGCAUAAGCACACCAAACGGUCUGAUAUCUCACGAGGUAUUCACACUGUCACUCAUACUCCUCCACUGUGAACAUGUUCUCAUUGACAGAGGGCUCUGAGCGUGUUUUGGGCGGCGGUCGUGGAUCCUGCAGAGAGCCUGGUGUGUAUCACUCCGUCAAAAUCUGAACGGCACAAUUUGUACUAAAAAUAUAUCUGAAUGGUACUGUGACCUGACAUUCACCUGGCCCUGCCACGUGAGGGACUGGGGUUUUGGCAGCUUCUCUUUUUUCUUUGUAUUGUUAUGUGAAGCAGGCAGCUUGUUAGAUAAGGACACUAAACGUUAUAUUCAGAGGCAGAAGCUACAACGAUGAACAAAGCCAACGUAAUUGUGCAAUGAGACAACUCUCUCAACUCUUUCCCUCUACUGAAGCACAUUUGAACUGAAAGAGGUCUGCAUGGUUUGUCCUCACAUAUCGCCCUCAGUGUGGCUGCAGUUGAGGCCUAGAUUUUGUUCUCAGGCAGUCUCUGUAGAAUAAGUCCAAUUAUUUCCAUCAGCGCGCUCCUCCUCCUCGCUGUAGCUUUCCUCAAUAAUUAGGUUCACGAGUUCUCUAAGGAGUGUCACUCAACUUUAGCUGCCGCGUCCCAGUGGAAGAGAUAAGGGGAAAUACAAUUAAGGUGUCCUUUUAAAGGUUGCUUCUUAAAUCCAAUCUUCUGUUAGGUUUGAUGUUCCCCUCUCUGCCGGGGACAUCUUCUUAAAGUUGGGAACACUUCCAGAAAAACUGACCUCUGCUGAACAGUGUUAUCUUUUAGUUUUUUUCAGUAUUUGAAAAUCAUGUUACUGACAUUAUUUUAUUUUGUGACAAAACACAUUUUAUCCCGCUUUUAAUAUUUCUUUGGUUGGUCCUGAUGUGUCUUGCACAUGCAUACGUUUUAACAUUACAGUAAAGUCUGUUACGAUCCCUCCGACAUGUACGUUGUGCCAAAUGUCUCUAUAAGAUUUCUGGUACCACUGUGCGAAAUAUUUGUUCUGUCAUCAAUCCAACACGUUCAUUGCUCACUGGCAGUUUGAUUUCUCACAAGACGACGACAACAACUAAGCCAUACGUCAAGGUUCCUUUAAUUUAUGACACCCGCCACGUUUUCUCUAUAGUUUGCCAUAAAAAUAACUGCAGGCAGCAUUGUUUGCUUACAUAUUUGACUAUUCCAUAUUUAAAAUAUCAAGGAUGCCAUUCAUGCAAUUACAUAACAUCAUAUGUACACUUUUCCCUCAGUCAAUUAUUGGGAGAAUACUCCCGAAAAUAUUUUAUUUUGCAGUUUGAUAAAUAGUUUUGUGGGUGUAAUAUUUCAAAACUAGUUAAAAGAUUGUGUACAGCAGAUCAUUUCACUGGGUUUACAUGAUUGAAUACCUCAGAUGUUAAAUAGGAAUUGUUAUGCCCUGUGUUCUUUUAUUAUGAACUACUAGACUGAGAUCAAGCAGCUUGACACCCACCACAAUAGAAGUGCAGCAUGUGAAUGAUUUCACUGUGUCCAGUAGGCCACAGAACAUAUUUCAAAACACUCUCAUGUUGUGUCCAAGGACUCCAUCUUUUAGUUUUUACCUCUUUUAACAAUCACUAACUUGUGGGAGUGUGGCUGCUUGCCUUCAUGUACAUCAUGUUGAGUAGAUUAUGAGUGUGGGGCAAAGAAACUGUUGCACUUAAAGAGGUUACGAAGACGCUGCCUUCAAAGCCUACGGUUCCUGUGUAAAUACUGGUUUAAACUGUUUGAAAAGCUAGUCUGGUGUACAUAGUUAUUUUAUGAUAGUAGUGUAUUUUAUAGUCAUAUAUGGCUGGUUUAACUGAUUCAAGAAUGAAGCGUUUGCCUCAUGCCUUAUUUGGACAUUCUGUAGAUAAGACAGAAGUUAUUUGAUUUGUCCUUUUGUCCAUUUCUUUGAUCCAUACUUUGAAUGCCAACAGCGGCUGGUGCUUCUGUUGAGGGGUAAAGAAAUGGCCGUUUCAUAAACACUGCAGAUGCUUGAAAUAAAAAAUACAAUAACAA